UAAACACAAAUGGCGGCCGCACUGAAUCCGUUGCCAAAUACAGCGCUAAUCCCCCGACACAUGACGGCUGGUGCACAAUGUGUUCGGACGGGUUGUGUCCUAGAAGUCCCGAACAAAACCGGGCACUCUGAAAGAAAAUGAACUUUAGUUUGUUUCGGGUCUUUUCUUGAGCGCGUUCUCAAUAACGUUCAGAGAACGUCAAUUGACCGUCGAGUUCGUCGGCACUCCUACAGCAGGCGGCCGCCAUGGGGGCUGCCCUCGCGACGUUCUCCCUCGUUGGCUGCGUGUCAUGUCUGUGCAGCAGCGCGACAUGUCUGGUGUGCAGCUGCUGCCCAUGUCGCAGGAAUUCCACAAUGACCAGGAUAGUUUACGCUUCCGUCCUGCUGCUGGGGACCAUCGUGGCCUGCGUCAUGCUGUCACCAGGGGUGGAUAAGCAGCUCAAACGGAUACCAGGCUUCUGUGCGGAGGGGACGGGUUCUUCUAUAGCCGCCCUGCAAGCUGACGUCGACUGUGAAAUGUUCGUGGGGUACAAGGCAGUUUACCGUGUCUGCUUUGGAAUGAGUCUUUGGUUCAUUGGGUUGUCAGUUCUAAUGAUUAACAUCAAGAACAGCAGAGACCUGCGUGCUACAAUCCACAAUGGAUUUUGGUUCUUUAAGAUUGUUGUCCUGGUGGCAAUUACAGCUGGUGCCUUCUACGUUCCAGAUGGAAAUUUCACAUACGCUUGUUUUGUUGUGGGCUCUGCUGGAUCCUUUUUCUUCAUUGUGAUCCAGCUGGUCCUGCUGGUUGACUUUGCCCACUCCUGGAAUGAGUCCUGGUUAGACAAAAUGGAGAACGGCAACUCAAGGGGCUGGUAUGCAGCUUUGGUGGCGGUCACAAUCUUCAACUACAUCCUGUCAUUCAUUGCUGUUGUGCUAUUCUUCCUCUUCUACACCAAACCUGACGAUUGCUUCAUCAACAAGUUCUUCAUUAGCUUCAACACGUUGUUUUGCUUUGGGGCCUCUGUCAUCUCUGUGCUGCGUAAAGUACAGGAGUCUCAGCCUCGUUCUGGUCUUCUUCAGUCCUCCAUCAUCACCCUGUACGCCACAUUUCUAACUUGGUCUGCCAUGAGCAACGAACCAGACCGAACGUGUAACCCGAGCCUGCUGAGUAUUUUCCAGCAGAUGGCAGCGCCCACAUUUGCUCCUCUUGAGAUCGAAAACCAGACUGCUGUGGUGAUCCUUGGCACAGAGGAACCCAUCCCCACGUCGCCUUACCUACAGUGGUGGGAUGCACAGAGCAUUGUGGGCCUCGCUAUAUUUGUCUUGUGCAUCAUCUACUCCAGCAUUCGAUCGUCCAGCACCAGCCAGGUGAACAAACUGACCAUGGCCUCGAGAGACUCCGCCAUCCUGGCUGAGGACGGUAGUCUGGAAUCAUCCGAGGAAGCGAGUGGACCGAGGCGGGUGAAGGACAAUGACCGGGACCUCGUCCAAUACAGCUACUCCUUUUUUCAUUUCCUGCUCUUCCUGGCCUCACUUUACAUCAUGAUGACCCUCACAAACUGGUACAGCCCAAAUGCAGACUACACCAUAACCAGCAAAUGGCCAGCAGUGUGGGUGAAGAUCACCUGCAGCUGGUUGUGUUUGACCCUCUACAUCUGGACCUUGGUGGCUCCCAUGAUUCUCACCAACAGACACUUCAGCUGAUUUCUUGAGUCGACGUUCCUUCACAAAACCCCUGCAUCGGUCUGGAACAACUGGGAUGAUCGCAGCUGUUAUAUUGUAUAGAAUGCGUAAUUUCAUUGAUGCUUUUGUAAAUUGGAAUCCAACUCGAGUUGGAGAUUCAAAACAAGCUCAACUGGUCUCAACCCAUGCCAAGACACGUUUUCGGAUGACAGUGUUUCUGGAGCCUUUUUGUCAGGGUCAUAUCCGAUCGAAAUAUUUCCCCGAGUUUAGUUUGCGACUAUGUCUCUCCAAUGCCUUACAACUGUUUCACUAUAAAGACAUGUUUCGUUUAAAAACAUUUUUACAACCCCAAUUCCAAUCAAGUUGGGACGUUGUGUGAAACAGAAAUAAAAACAGAACCUUUUGAUGAUAUUAUGGAGCGUAGAUGACCAAAUUCCUGAAUUCCUUGCAAUUGUACGUCGAGGAACAUUGUCCUUAAACUGUUGGGACUAUUUUCUCCCGCACUUGUUCACAAAGAGGUGAACCUCGCCCCAUCUUUGCUUGUGAACGACUGAGCAAUUCAGGGAAGCAAUCACGGCAGCCACCUGUUCCCAAUUAGCUUGUUCACCUGUGUUACGUUCCACGAUGAGCAUUCCUCAACUUUCUCCGUCUUUUUUGCCACCUGUCCCAGCUUUUUGGGAACCUGUUGCAGCCACAAAAUUCUAAGUUCGUGAUUAUUUGCUAAAAACAAUCAAGUUGAUCAGUUUGAACAUGAAAUAUCUUGUCUUUGUAAUGUAUUCAAUUAAAUAUGGGUUGAACAUGAUUUGCAAAUCAUCGUAUUCUGUUUUUAUUUAUGUUUAACACACCGUCCCAACUUCAUUGGAAUUGGGGUUGGCGUAAAUGACCGCUCAAACACGACACAAUUAUGAAUAUCAAAUGCUGUUUUUGCCAAAUAUUUAUAAAACACGCUUUGGUUUCAUGGGUUUUGAAAUAUCUUGUUUUAAGAACUAAAUAUGUACCCUUAAAACCAAAAUAUUUGCUUAAAUGUGAGAACGGUGAUGAUUUAUUGAAAAGAUGUGUGUGUAUAUAGUACAGGACCUGAAUGAGGGCAGCAGAACAGUGGUGAGGUGCGCUGUAGGUGUGCCAGAGGAGUUUAAGGCAGAGGUGGUACUGCAUCAGGGAUCAGCGCUAAGCCCCUUCCUGUUUGCAGUGGUGAUGGAUAGGCUGACAGAUGAGGUUAGACUGGAAUCCCCGUGGACCGUGACGUUUGCAGAUGACAUUGUGAAAGCAGGGAGCAGGUGGAGGAACAGUUAGAAAGAUGGAGGCAUGCACUGGAAAGCAGAGGAAUGAAGAUUAGCCGAAGUAAGACAGAAUAGUUGUGCAUGAAUGAGAGGGGUGGUGGGGGAAGAGUGAGGCUAGAGGGAGAAGAGAUGGCGAGGGUGGAGGACUUGAAAUUCUUGGGGUCAACCGUCCACAGCCAUGGUGAGUGUGGUCAGGAAGUGAAGAAACGGGUCCAAGCAGGUUGGAACGGGUGGAGGAAGGCGUCCGAUGUGUUGUGACAGAAGAGUCUCUGCUCGGAUGAAGGGCAAAGUUUAGAAGACAGUGGUGUGGCCAGCCAUGAUGUACGGAUUAGAGACGGUGGCACUGAAGAGACGACAGGAAGCAGAGCUGGAGGUGGCGGAAAUGAAGAUGGAGAGGUUCUCUCGGCGUGACAUGAGCUCAUCGGAGGGAUGGACAAGGUUGAUGUUUUGGAAACAAAGAGAGCAGUCUUUGAUGGAGAGAUAUUGAGUAUAUUGGUCGAAGGGUGAUGAGAAUGGCGCUGCCAAGCGAGAGAGCUCGAGGAAGACCAAAGAGAAGGUUUAUAUAUGUCGUGAGUGAAUACAUAAGGGCAGAGGAUGCAGGAGAUAGGUUUCCAUGGAAGAGGAUGACACGCUGUGGCAACCUCUAACGGGACAAGCCCAAAGGAAAAGAUUGAAAAGAUGUCAGUCAUUCCAGUGGCAUUUGUAAAGAAAAUGGUAGCAAUUCGCCCCGCAAUUGAGAAGCUUGAGUCUGGGCCGCUACUUCCCCGCGUGGCUUGUGAAAUUGUAACUGGUCGGCUCGUGGUGUGACGGCAGACGGACGCUUUCAACUCGGAUGACUUGGUAUUGUAAGUGCCGGUAUCAAAGUUUCAUGCAGUGUCAGUAGCGUCACAACAUAGUUUGCUCACACACAUCAAGUCAACAAGCUUCUACUAAGUGUCCAAAUAUUUUUAAUGGUGGAUUUUUACAGUACUUUACAGCGGAAGGGAGGUGUUUAUCUCCUAAACAAGGACUCAAACUGAAAAUAACACUUUGCACAGGCCAGCACCCAAAUCUGCAUCUGAUUACAUUAGACAUGAGAAAUUCCUUGAUCAGCGACGGCGAAUUAGCCAUCCGUUUGCCAUAUCGCUUAUCUGCUAGUUUUCAAAAGAUUGAAUCUGACACCGUCUGAUCUGUUUGGAUGCCAGUGUUGUAUUGAACAGAAUCAUGCAGUAUGGAGGAGUUGUGCCAUGGAGUAAGACUGUGUGACUGCAGCUUAGCUUCUUCCAGGUGAUGUCAUGUUAUACUAACUGCAAACAAGUGAGACUGAAUCAACAGGACCUCUGCUGGUUGCAGCCCAGUAGUGCACCGCUAACUCAUG